GACAGACAAGUCGAUGUUGUAUCAGCUGAUGAAGCUAUGAGUCUUUGUCUAUAUGCGAUGAGGGAUUACAAGAUGUACCUUAGCAGGAAUCCAACCUCCAUGAAGGAGAUCUGUCAGAAGUGGGAAGCAAUUACUGGUGAUUCAAAAGUCCGCAAAACCCUUGAAAUAAAGCUCAGAUCUCUUGUUCAUCAGGCUACGAAGGAUCCUGAUAUGCGCUUGAACUCCUCGUGCUGUUGCGUUACAGAAUCCUCAAAGUGUGAAACGAAUGUCUUUACCCUUGAGAUGCCAUUUUUAAUUGGUCCAGAGGCUAAUAAGGAAAUCAUAGAUACAAAGAAGCUUACGUUUGCUCAUAUCAGCGAGGAUAUCGUUGCUUAUUUGAAAAGGAGAUUCCCACGCCAGCUUGUGAAGUCCUGUUCUUCACCUAGUGAGUCGAUAGUGCCAGCAACGCUUUCUGUGCUUGAGAGGAUCAUGGGAGACCAGAAUAUCGAGAAGGUGUAUGGUAUUUGGAGUUCUGGUUUACCAAAACCUGGUAAGGAGUUAAGUGUAUCAUUGUAUGAUCUUCUGUGGCGCAAAUCAGGCUAUGACAGUGUGUUCGAGAAGUCUGCCUGUGUCAUUCGGUCCUUCGAGGGAGACGAGGAACAUUCUCGCUAUAAACUGGCCUUUAUUCUCCAGUUCUUCGACAUGAAAUGGCACAAUAAAGCACUGUCAAGAGCCUCAUUGAUCAAAACAAUGCGGAGAAGACAUAUUACUAGCGCCCUUGCGUUUGUCUCAGACUUGGAUAUUGAACGAAUUCAUGCCAUGCCUUCGAGUCUUGUUGUAUCCGAUAACGGCACAGAAGAAGAGGCUGGUGAAGAAAGCCCUUCAGCGAUCGGAUUGAAGAUCAGUGCUAAGGCUAAGAUGACUCUGUGUCCUUUGUUGCUGGACUAUAUUGAUGAAGACGAUCCAAGAUCAUCAUGGUUCUCUGAUUCUCCUGCGUCGAAGGAUUGUUUAUUUGAUCCUUCUAAAAAUUCAGCACUGAUCAGUUUGAGCAAUGUCAUUGUGGGGAAGGCUGAGCUACUGUUUCGUGGCGAGAGUGAACCAAUGAAUCCAAAGAGUGGCUCCAUUCAAAUCCAGAUGUCUAACUUCAACCAGUGUGAGUUCAUGGCCCACAAUGAAUUAUGACUAGCUGAGAUAUUGCUUCCCGCAGUUUAUACGGUUUACAAGUCCAUUGUGCUUAUCACUGGCCAAACAUCUCAACAUCACGUAGUUAUCACCCAGGAAUGGCUUUCCAAGCAUAAUCACGAGUCCCGGGGCUAUUCUUCGAAGUGUUUCCUAUGUAUUUACACUGGUGACUUGCCUUUAAUGGAAAUUAACGGAGACUUUGACGUAACCACCGCCUACGCUUAAAGCGAACAUCACGCCCUUUAUGGUUGUGAGCCCUGAAGAAAACCUAUCAAAAGGUCUGAAAAGUCCCACAUCCGAUGGCGAGUCCAUGGAUUUUCGCCCUUCUGACCUUGAAUCUGCCAGUUUUCAAGUCCAGGCCCGAGAAAGUGCCAGUUCUCAAGUCU